CACUCCCCUGCGACGCCACUCGACUUUCAAAGACGACAAUUUCCCGACUGCCGUGUCCAGAACGACCAGGGAAUCUGAAUUGCGACACCCGCCUCGAAUCGAUCGUCUACAAACAUUCACCUCUGAACGAGCCGCAAUCGGAGGGGUCUGGUUUAUAGGCUGAGCAAUCGGCUGCUGCGUUUCUACAACAAACAUGGCUGUCAACAGGAUAAGGGGCGCAUUUGCGCCGCCGCGCAAGGGAGAGACAUUCGAGUUGCGGGCAGGUCUGGUUUCCCAAUAUGCCUACGAACGAAAAGAGGCCAUUCAAAAGACCAUCAUGUCAAUGACCCUCGGCAAAGAUGUAUCUGCGCUGUUUCCUGAUGUACUGAAGAAUAUCGCAACCGCCGACUUGGACCAGAAGAAGCUGGUAUAUCUAUACCUCAUGAACUAUGCCAAAUCACACCCUGACCUCUGCAUUCUCGCCGUGAAUACCUUUGUUCAAGACUCGGAAGACCCGAACCCCCUCAUACGAGCGUUGGCGAUACGGACAAUGGGAUGUAUUCGCGUUGAUAAGAUGACAGACUACAUGGAAGAGCCCUUGCGGAAAACAUUGAGAGACGAAUCGCCAUAUGUACGAAAGACCGCAGCGCUGUGUGUAGCUAAGCUGUUCGAUCUUGCUCCCGCCAUGUGCAUUGAGAAUGGCUUCCUCGAGCAGCUCCAGGAACUAGUUGGAGACCCAAACCCCAUGGUCGUCGCAAACUCGGUCACAGCCUUGGUGGAGAUUCAGGAGACUGCUCCGGAAACCAAGGCUCUCGUCAUCACCUCGUCACAACUCAAGAAGAUGCUUCUGGCCUUGAACGAGUGCACAGAGUGGGGUCGUGUGACUUUGCUCACUACUCUCGCAGACUACAAGGCAGCAGAUGUCAAAGAGGCGGAGCAUAUUUGCGAAAGAGUUGUCCCGCAGUUCCAGCAUGUCAACCCCAGUGUGGUGCUGGCAGCCGUCAAGGUCGUCUUCUUGCACAUGAAGCAUAUCUCGCCUGAGAUGAUGAAGUCGUAUCAGAAGAAGAUGGCGCCACCGCUAGUUACACUCGUCUCAUCUGCCCCAGAAGUACAAUACGUUGCACUACGGAACAUUGACCUCCUCCUUCAGAAGCAGCCCGACAUUCUCAGCAAGGAAAUGCGUGUUUUCUUCUGCAAAUACAACGACCCGCCAUACUUGAAGAUGGAAAAACUUGAAAUCAUGGUGCGGAUAUCAAACGACAAGAAUGUCGAUCAACUACUAGCCGAGUUGAAGGAGUACGCUAUGGAGGUGGACAUGGACUUUGUACGACGAGCCGUCAAGGCCAUUGGACAAGUUGCCAUCAAGAUCGAAAGCGCGAGCGAGAAGUGCGUCAAUACACUGCUUGACCUUAUCAACACCAAGGUCAACUACGUUGUCCAGGAGGCGAUUGUUGUCAUCAAAGACAUUUUCCGAAAGUACCCAGGAUAUGAGGGUAUAAUACCGACACUCUGCCAGUGCAUAGACGAGCUGGAUGAGCCGAAUGCACGGGCUUCCCUCAUCUGGAUUGUUGGAGAGUAUGCAGAGAAGAUCAACAACGCUGGCGAGAUUCUAUCAAAUUUCGUCGACACAUUUGCUGAAGAGUUCACUCAGACACAACUUCAGAUUCUCACAGCUGUCGUCAAGCUGUUCCUGAAGAAGCCAGAUCAAGCACAGGGCUUAGUCACAAAGGUCCUACAAGCCGCUACAGCAGACAACGACAACCCAGAUAUCCGGGACAGAGCUUACGUCUACUGGCGACUGCUUUCCAGCGACCCACAGAUAACAAAGGACAUCGUCCUCUCAGACAAGCCUCCGAUUACAUCGACAAUACGGUCACUGCCUCCUCAACUGCUGGAGAACCUGCUUACAGAACUGUCGACUUUGGCAUCAGUUUACCACAAGCCACCAGAGGCCUUCCUUGGACAAGGCAGGUUCGGCGCGGAGGCGAUGCAACGAGCAGCGAUCGAGGAGCAACAAGAAGAAGCACGAGAGAAUCCCAUUGCCGCAGCUGCAGCUGCCGCCGCAGUCAGCGGACAAGCGCCCACUAACAUGGAGAAUCUCCUGGACAUUGAUUUCGAUGGUUCUGCACCUGCUUCAUUGCAAAAGCAGCCUACACAUGGGGCAUCUGGAUUGGAAGGCCUUGCCGGUACGCCCCAACGCGUAUCGUCACCCGUGGCGAAUGCGCCCCCAGCACAAUCAAACAUGGAUGAUCUGCUAGGAUUAUUCGGUGAUGGAGGUGGAGGUGCACCUGCUGCUCCUGCGGGCCAAAUGAGCAACAACGACAUUAUGAACGGAUUUGCAAGCAUGAGCAUGGAGACGAAUCAGCCGCCGCCGCCAAAUCAGCAAAUAGCAGGUGGUGAACAGGGCAAGAAGAGUAACCAGGAUCUUCUCGACUUGUUCUAGACUGGGUUGAUGUGGGUUGUACGUGUACUUGGGUUAGCGGGGGCGGGGGAUAAAAAAAGAGUGCCUCUUGGAAAGUGAGUGAGGAUCCAUGGGCGGCUAGCGAACAUGGUUCUUAUCUGUGUAUGACAAAGUAUAUGCAUGCAUGCAGUAGGUGGGGAAUGAUACAACGUACUUGAGAUAACAGGUAAAAGUAGUCGUGUGACCAUUUCAUAACAGAGCUUGCUAUCAUCAGCCAUUGCACUAGUAAAGCACGCGAUUAUACAUAAGUCUUCCGAUGGGUUCCGUGUGGAGAUUUUCUUGGCGAAUGUAGUGCUUUCUGUCUUAUGAGUCUUAACGAGCUUAUAGAGAGAGAGGGAGAGAGAGUCUUGACUCUCUCAUGUAAGAAAGGUC